AUGAGACUUGAGCACGGAAAAGGCGGAGAUUUUGAGGGACCCAGAUGCCGAAAAAGCUACUGCACGGAUACUAUUAAUGUUAAGUGGCUCACUGCCUCCAUCGACGAUGAAACAGAGUGUUGUGGACGCAAGAGAGAGGGAGGAAAGAGUUUUUGUCCGAGUUCCACGACGGAGAAGAAGCUUAAGGGUUCAUAUCGCUACCAUCACUUAUUCUUCUUCUUCUUCUACUCCUACAGUAGAAUAUGUGAAUUGUGCGGAAGCUUCUUCUUCCGGGACGAGAGAGCCGACGCCGGAGUGGCUGUUGGAGUUGAUGAGAGCAAGAUCGUUGACUUGGAAUUCUUGAACCCUGAGGAACUAAAGAUCAUACAAGAAGAUGCCUACAGGGAUCACAUGGUAGGAGUUGACGCGAAUCUUGUGAGUUCUGAUGGAUGGGUGUUUGAUGUGAAUGUGAGGAGAUGGAACAUGGACAAGAAAUCAGGGAGCUCCUCUCAUAUUUACAAUUUGGUUACAGGGUGGAAGACAGUGGUAAGCUUUUGUGGUCUAAAGGAGAACGAUACGAUUCGAGUCUGGUCUUUUCGCUCUGGUGACGACGAGCUUUAUUUCGCUCUUGUUCCUCCUACCAGUGAUUCCGGAGAAUCUAAAUCCGAGGAGAUGUGUUCUUCUUCAGUGACAUGUGAGAAAUCUCACGAUGACUUGCCACCCAAUUAA